CGGAAGACGGAACGUGCGUUCCACAAUGAAGUCGUUUGACGGAAGCGUUCGACGGAUGUCGUAGUCGGCUGUCGUAAAGGGCUAUCUACAAUGAGACGUUGUCGUAAGCACUAGGCGGAAGCGUUAGUCGUUGUCGUUGUCGUGCUGUCGGAGACGGGGUAGCGUUCCGACUUCGUUCCGACAUGAAUCCACAAUGUCGUUACCGUAACGCGUGACACUUCGAUUCCGCAGCCAAUCAGAGUACAGAAUGUUUUGUGGCAGAGGACGGUGUUGCCACCGGCGUGCACGUUAACGUUGUCGGAAGACAGAAGAGACGGGAGUUGGUCAUCUCUCUUACGACAGCCGACUACGACAUCCGUCAAACGCUUCCGUCAAAUGACUUCAUUGUGGAACGCACGUUCCGUCUUCCGACAACGACUUCCGUCAUCCGUCUUACUCUUACGUCUCAUUGUAGAUGACCCCUUACUAGAGGGACUCUAGUGCUAGGCUCUUUCAACAUUCUAUUGCGGCAGUGGCCACCUUAUCGUUACGCGUUUUUCGCUAAGUGCCCAGACCUGUAUACAAGACCAAGGUUGAGAGGAAUUUUUGAACGAAUUGUUUAAUCUUGAUUCUGGCGAUAACCUUACGAUUGAGACUAAAACCAAAAGCAAAAAAAAUGGCAAAAGGUUUUAGCCCAUGUUACACGUGAUGAUUUUACAUAUCACAUAUUUUACCGAUCUGAAUAAUCAGAUUUUCAUUUGACACGAUAUAGCGCACUAUCAAGAAGACCAUGUCACUUACCAGAACACUAAAAAUCGUUGGUGGAGGUAUUGGUGUUUUUUAUGGUAGUUAUGUACUUGCUCCUCCCGAAGAAAAAAAAUGUCUCUCAUCGAUUACUGGAAGUUCUAUUCGAUUUGUAAGAUCUUUUAAAAUAGGUUUAACUAUCUCUAUGGAUUAUUUGAUUGCUCCAAUUUUUGGACACGAGUACCCCACUAUACAUCAAAGAGCAGCCGAAAGGAUUGUGGAUGGAUGCCUAGCAAAUGGUGGAUUAUACAUAAAACUGGGACAGGGCUUAGCUGCUAUGAAUCAUAUUUUGCCUAAGGAGUAUAUUGAUACUCUGACGAUACUACAGGAUAAAUGCCUAAAACAUGGAGCUGAUGAACUUGAAAAAAUUUUUCUUCAAGACUUUGGUAGUAAACCUGAACAAGUCUUCCUUAAAAUUGAACCUGAACCAGUAGCAGCAGCUAGUAUAGCCCAAGUAUUCAAGGCUGUCACUACUAAUGGAGAAAAUGUGGCUAUUAAAGUGCAAUACAUUGAUCUUCAGGACAGAUUUUCUGCAGACAUAAAAACAGUGGAUUUCCUAUUGAAAAUCAUUUCUAUUAUGCACCCAAAAUUCAACUUUCAUUGGGUUUUGGAUGAGAUGAGAGAUACUCUGGUACAGGAAUUGGAUUUUGAGAAUGAGGGUAGAAAUUCUGAAAAAUGCGCUAGAGAUUUGCAGUCUUACAGUUAUGCCUAUGUUCCCAAAGUCCACUGGGAUUGCACAAGCAAGAGAGUUCUCACUACAGAAUGGAUAGAUGGCAUUAAAAUAAACAAUGUAAAGGAAUUGAAAAGACAACAAUUAAGUUUGGCUGAAGUGGAUAAAAAAUUAUUUACUAUAAUGGCUCAACAAAUAUUCCACUCAGGUUUUGUUCACGCAGACCCACAUCCUGGCAACAUACUUGUUAGAAAAGUCACAGAUAAUACUGCACAAAUAGUAUUAUUAGAUCAUGGAUUAUAUGAGGAAGUACCUGAGCACACAAGGCACACUCUGUGCAAUUAUUGGGAAUCUAUCGUUUUAAGAGAUAAUAAACGUCUUAAGUAUUAUGCACGUCAGUUGAACGUAGAUGAUUAUAUACUAUUUGGAGAAAUGUUAACUCAAACACCAAUGUCAGUUUUUGGACUCACAACAAUACCUCCAGGUUUAUCAGCUGAUGAAUACAUGAAGAAACAAGCCCAAGAACGUUUUGACAAAGUAAUGGUUACUCUGAGAGCUAUGCCCAAGAGCAUAUUGCUAGUUAUCAGAAAUCUUAACACAGUCAGGGCCAUUGCCAGAGAACAUGGCGAUCCGAUAGAUCGGUACAGGUUAAUGGCCAGAAUGGCAGUACUUGGAAAACAUAAAUUAGCUCAACAUACGCUUUGGAAAAGACUGAUUGGCAAAGUCAGUAGGGUGCGAUUCGAAAUCCAAUUGUGGUCCCAAAGCUUCAGCCUUUGGCUGUUUGGAUGCUAUCUCCGUUUUUUAAAACUUUUGGGAUUCAAAGUCGAUAUAGUGAUGAAUCAGUUUUAAAAUCACAACCCCCUAUUAUGCUUAAUACCAUUUUUAUAAAAUAGUGUAGUUUUAAAGUUUGUAAGAGUAAUUAGUAAAUAAAAAUCUUUAAGCAAUGUUAAUAAUUA